GCCAGAAAGCCCGGAGCCGCCCAGGAAUUUUGGCCGGGACUGAGAGCAUUUCCUCCCGGGCGGGCCGGCGCGAUCUCGGUGAGGGCUGUGACGGGCAGACGGCACCAUGCGGACCCUGCUCUGCGCGCUGGCCGGGAUCGCUCUGCUCCGCGCCCCGGGCACGGACGUCGCUGCCGAACCUUUCAUCCCCUCCCGAGGAGACCCGGCUCGAAGCACAGGGUGUGACACACACAUGGCUGUCCACGGCCGUUUAGACGUCAUAGAGGAGAAGGUGGAGAAGACAGUGGAGUACCUGGAGGCAGAAGUGAAAGGCCUGAUGAACCAGCUGAAGGAGCUGGCCUGGAACCUGCCCCAGGGACCCUUCAGCCCAACCCCUGACCUCCUGGGAGAUGAUCAUUUUUGAGCACUGGAGAUGGUGUUGCCCAGCAACUGGAAGUAAUACACCCAUCCAACAGCUCUCCUUUGAGAAUGGAGCCUUGCAUCUGGCCUUUCUUCCUCAGCUUUGUACAAAAUAAAAGCUACUCCACUGA